AUGUCGGAUUCUGAAGGAGAAGACCAACCCACCUAUCUCGAUGAAGAAUUAUUGGAAGUUGGUGGCGGAGAGGAGGAAGAGCCUACCAUCACAUCGAAUAAUACAAUGGAAGAUGAAAAUGGUGGGCAUUUAACAUCGGGAGCUGAAUCUAAAAAACAAAAGAAGAAAAAGAAGCAAGGAAAGGAAGAAAACGGAGAAGAGGCUGAAGAAGCAGAAACCACAACAACCGCCCUCAAGCAAGACCACUCUGGAAUUACCGCAAAUGUAGAGAUUCAUAUGGGACCGGAUACAUCAGUAUCUACCUAUAUUUUCCACAAGGAGAGUCAUACCAUGGGUAAUGCUCUCCGAUACAUUCUCAUGAAGAACAAGAGGGUCAGCUUUUGUGGCUACACUGUUCCUCAUCCUCUAGAAGCUAAAAUGAAUUUACGGUUGCAAACUGUAGAUGAAAAGUAUCCAGCAAAGGAAACUCUCGAAGAAGGUUUGAUUAAUUUGCAGAAAAUUACAGAGACUGUUAUGAGCAAGUUUGAUACCGCUCUUGCUUCAUAUAGGGAUUAA